AGUCGCUUGUAAACAGAUUUUACGUUCGGUAAGAAACGCGAACGCUCUUCACGGUGGAAAGAAAAAAGUUAUUAAAGAGGAAAUUAAGCUGUGGUGGUGAUAAGUUCGAGUGAUAAUAAAAGAAAAUCAAAUCGUUAAGAAGUUUUGUGAAUUUGAAAAAGCGAAAAGAAAGGAAUAAAAGUCAUAAUGAAUGCGUGCUGUUGUAUCGUUAAAUUCUUCGUCGUUCUGAUGAACUUGGUGUUCUGGCUCGUAGGACUUGCAAUUGUUGCAUUGGCCGUGUGGAUGUUGGUCGAUCCAACAUUUAUGAUUUCUCUUGCUCAAGAACAGCAGAACUAUCAAUAUGCGUUGUUUAUUCUACUUGCUAUAGGCAUAUUGAUGGUGAUACUUGCAUUCUGUGGAUGUUGUGGAGCAUUCAAGGAGUCACAAUGCAUGCUUGUGUCGUUCUUCUGCUGUAUGCUGAUUGUUCUUACAGCAGAAAUUGCUGCUGGCGUUUGGUCAUAUCAAAACGGAAGCAAACUUGAAGGUUUCGUUAGAAGAAACUUUAAGAAUUCCAUCAGCACUGAAUACAAAGUAAUUAACGCGCGUACUGAGGUCAUCGAUGCUAUUCAGAAAAAUUGGGAAUGUUGUGGCGCUGAUGGACCUUCCGAUUGGUCCCACAGUAAAUUAAAUAACCCUUCUGGAUUGUUGGAUAUGGGAAUCAAGAGUCAGAAGCUUGUUUAUUCCGUUCCAACUUCAUGCUGCAAGAAUGGAACUGACGCACAAAUUUGCGAAACAUCACGUAAAGGCGCUCUAACAACAAGCAUUAACCCAGUUAUCAAUAAAGAAGGAUGCAUGGAAAAACUUGUGGCCCAAGUAAAUGAAAAUCUUGAGAAAAUUGUUAUCGGAAGUCUCAUUAUUCUCGCUGUACAACUAUUUGGUGUUUUACUUGUUCUUUGCCUAUGUUGCGGUGUCAAGAGUAACAAAGAUGAUGACUACAAAGAUUAAAAUCAAGCCGAGAGCAGAUUAAAGAAGCCGAAUUAUCUUUACGAUGAGAUUCGUUAUUAAUUUAUUUUCUUCGAGUCCUAAGCGAAAGGAAGUGGAUUGAUGUGAUGUGUGAGAGUGCUUUUUUAUUUAUCUGUCUGUCUAUCUGGUUCUCCUUUUGAUCUAAUUUUAAUUAUAAAUAUUAUGUAAGUGAAUGGCAAAACGAUGGGAAAAAUGAAAUCUUCAAUUCUGCUCGAACACAAAAAAGUGGAGAAAAAAAACACAAGAAUGAAAAUUUAAAAGACGAACAAACAAAAUAUUAAUUCUUUUGUCUUCAUCAUAAUAAGUAAUUGGCUACGACUAAAUGGCAACACUGUUUGAUGUGCCGAUCAUCACAAAAUCUCUUCUUUUGUGUUUCAGUGUCAUAAAAUUAACAAAAAUCGCCAUUUCUUUCAUAUAUUUCGGUUUUGAAAUGACUUCCGAUCUUCAAUCGAAAGAUUUAAAUGCUUAAUUGUAAAGGGUUUUUGAUAUUAAAAUGAAUGAAUUAGAAAAACGUAAUUGGUAGUAAUUAAAAAUUGAAAUAAUCCCAAAGUAUUGUGUGUACUCUGAGAUUUAAGAGAAGAAAGCAUUAAAAAAAGAAAAACAAUUUUUGAACGACAGAAAAUUGAGCAAAAAAAAAUUAUUAAUAUAUUUCAAGAGAAAAGAAAUGCUAAUAAGAAACAAUUUAUAUUUAUUCAAUAGAAUUAAGUCAUGAUGAAGAUAGAGAAGAAGCAAAAGAUUCUUUUGAAUGGGAAAAAACUAAGAUCAUUUCAUAAAUGUACAAAACUUUUGAAUGGUUUUUUUGUGCCAAUUGUGGAAACAUGAGAAGAUUUAAUUUGUACGAAACUAACAUUGCCAAAAAAGAGAUUUUUUUCUUUUACCAUCUGAAACCAUCGAUGAUUUUUCUAUACAAAAUCUUACAUGAAGAAUCCAAUUUAUAUCGCUAACCAGCUAAAUAAUACCAAGUUACCACCCACUGAAUUUUAUCUUUACUCAAGUGAUUCAGUCUGCUGCCGAAACAAACAACCUACAAGAAAAAUAUCACUCUUUCAAUUUAUUCAAUUAACUUUUCACUUUUUUACUUUUUUUUUGUAAAUAUGCAAUCGCGAUGAUGAUAAAGAACGUAAAACUCAUAAUAACAACAAUAAAUCCUGCGUCACCCGCGUGCAAAUAAUUUUUGUAAAUUUUUUAUUUGUUUUUUAUGUGACGCACCGGAUAGUUUUUAAGAUUUAGCAAAUUAUUAAUUGAUUAAUUCAUUAUACAAGAUAUUCCCUGUUCAGUUUAAUAUUUAUACCCUUCAAAUUCAUUCAAUCUUAAUAACAUUAAUUUAUAAAAUAAUUACGUUGUUAAGAUUAAUGUUUAACAACAGACGCCGUAAGGGUUCAAUUCAAUUAGCUAAUAUCUUGAAUAUCUUGUACUUGCUUUAUACUUUUUAACGGUUUUUUUAUUUAAAUCGAGCUUGUAUGAUUUUAUGGUGCCAGUUUUUCGUACAACAUUCUUGUACAAUUUUUUCAAUAUUUAGUCAAAAUAUAUUUUAUCACCUUUCCUCUAAAAAAACCAUUAAAAGAAAAGUCUUUAAAAAGUUACAUAAAAAUCGAUGUUCAAAUUGAUAUAAAAUAGAUUUAAAAAUAAACUUUAAAGAAGCUUAAAGGAUAUUAAAAAGAGUAUAAUCGUUUAAAAUGUUUAAUUAAGGCCUGAACAGAAAAAAAAACAUCUUGAAUUGAACUGUUUAAUCUCCGGCCUAAAGUAGAGAAACUAGUCCCCUUAUAAAAAUUUUAAUUUAAAGCACAACCUUUUACUCGAUUAAAGAAUUAAAGAAAGAUAAAACAAAUGACAAACACGCAAUGAUUUACCUGUGACAACAUAUUUAUGAAACUCAAAGAAUCUAAUAGUGAAAAUUUCUGUAAUAAUUCCCGAAUGUUAGAAGCUACGAAUGGAAACGAAGUAUUUUUCUAAUAAACUAAGAGACAAACGACAUGGUGUUAUCGAAGAGAAAUGGAGAAAGUGGAUUAAUAUAUUAAAUGUAUUUGGAAUAAAACGAAAAUCCUUAACUGGUAAGUAUCAGAAGCUCAGUCACAAUGCUUUGUAAUGGCAAUUAAUGUUGAGUUUGUAACCGCUUAUUUCGAAAAUUUUGUUGCAUUUUUUUUUAUUUUCUCGCAAAAAAAGGAAAAACCAAUUUUUGUAAAUUUCAAAAUAGAUCUUUAAAAAUUGUCAUUUAAAAUUAAGAUAUGAAUAAAUCUUUACAAAAUCUAUAA